AUGGCAUUUUCGCAUUAUCCACGUUCAAGUGGGUGUCGCCCUCUUCCGGAAGAAAGUUCUGCUCGAUGCGACCUAAAAGACUUGAUCCACUUUCGCCUUCAGUCUUUCUUUCUUUCUUUUAUUUAUUUGUUUCAUUUUCGAUCUUGUUUGUGUUUCUUUUGUUUAUUUCCCUCUUUGUUUGCGUGUCUGUUUCUUUUGUUUAUCUCCGUUCUUUCUAUCUAUCUAUCUAUCUAUCCUCAUUCCUUCCUUUCUUUCUAUCUAUCUAUCUAUCUAUCUAUUCUCAUUCCUUUCUAUCUAUCUAUCUAUCUAUCCUCAUUCCUUUCUUUCUAUCUAUCUAUAUAUUCUCAUUCCUUUCUAUCUAUCUAUCUAUCUAUCCUCAUUCCUUUCUUUCUAUCUAUCUAUCUAUCUAUCUAUCCUCAUUCCUUCCUUUCUUUCUAUCUAUCUAUCUAUCUAUCCUCAUUCCUUCCUUUCUUUCUAUCUAUUCUCAUUCCUUUCUAUCUAUCUAUCUAUCUAUUCUCAUUCCUUUCUUUCUAUCUAUCUAUCUAUUCUCAUUCCUUUCUUUCUAUCUAUUCUCAUUCCUUUCUUCCUUUCUAUCUAUCUAUUCUCAUUCCUUUCUAUCUAUCUAUUCUCAUUCCUUUCUAUCUAUUCUCAUUCCUUUCUAUCUAUCUAUCUAUCUAUCUAUCUAUCUAUCUAUUCUCAUUCUUUUCUAUCUAUCUAUUCUCAUUCCUUUCUAUCUAUCUAUCUAUCUAUUCUCAUUCCUUUUUAUCUAUAUCUAUCUAUCUAUCUAUCUAUCUAUUCUCAUUCCUUUCUUUCUUGUUUAGUUUUUACCCUUUGCAUUGUUUGUAUUUCUUUCUUCCUUCCUUCGUGUUGUUUGCUUCUUUCUUUUUUUUCUCUCCUUCGUGUUGUUUGUUGCGUUUUUCGUUUUGUUUCUUUGCUUCAUUUUCUUUCUCUCUUUUACUUUCGUUUUUAUCGUUCUUUUUCUUUUUUCCUUUGCUUCCAUUUCUCUUUUUUUUUUUACUUUGUAAUUGCUGUUUACAUUUUUCUCUCUCUUUCAAAUUCUCCUUCAAACUGAUCUUUGAUUUCUUUACUCCUUCACUGAUUCAUUUUCUCUGA